UAUGUUUAUACGAAUAAAAUAUGCACAAUUAAUGUUCUGAGUACAUUACGUUAACCUGCUGAUGUUAUGUUAAUUCCCGUGCGCAGACUUUUAUUAUGACAUGGUUCUGUGAGCAGGGCACGUUGGGUAACGGGAAGUAGGGAACGCAGGGCGCAGCGAGCUCUCUACAAGCGUUAUAUUGUAUCUGAUUAUCCUUCUUCCAAACCCUGUCGGAAGCAAUGGCUUUUACUCAGUUCAAUGGCUAUUGAGUUUGUUUAUGUAAACCAUACAUUGGAUCAUUAAAGGAGCAAGACGCUCAUAUCCUGGCUCUUGAACGGAGUUUGGCUUGCUGUUUAUUUAUAUUACACGCUUAAAGAAGCAAAACAUAUAAAGAGAACAGUACAGUAAAAGCCAUGGACCUGCGGGUGCAACAGGAACAGUCAGAGGCAGACAUGCAGACUGAAGAGGGCAGAGGGAAAGAAAAGGCAUUUUCAGAGGUCAGUUCUAAACGCUCUUCAUCUUCCUCUAAAUCUUCAGUUGCAAGUGCUGCUGUUAAAGCUAGAGCCUCAGCCGAAGCUGCACGUGCCAAGAUGGAGUUUGCAAAAAGACAGCUGGAAAUGAAAAAAGAAAAAGCAAGGCUGGAACAAGAAAAGGCUACAGUGGAAGCAAAUAUAGAAGCGUUGGAAUUAGAAAAGGAAGCUGCAGCUGCUCUGGCAGAAGCUGAAGCAUUAGAGACAGCAGCGGCAGCAAUGGAACGUGUUGAUGGUCGCAGUGAAAUAAGCACACUUUUAUCAAAUGUGAUUUCAAUGAGAACUGCUGAUUAUGUAAAACACCAAAUACAGGAGAGCUCUGACUUUUCCACGUUACCUAUAAAUAGCUCUUUGUCAGCCUGUGUAAAGGAAUCAACUCCGAAGGUGAUCAAAACAUCUCGGAGCAUAAGUGCUGCAUGUGAUAGCGACCCUAAUGCUGUUCAAGAGGGAAGUCGUAUUGGUGACACAAUACAUCCAGAAUCUCAGUACGCUCUGCCUCCGUUCAUCCCAAAUGUUGCAUUUAAAGAUUCUCCAGGUCAAAGUACUGCUUCACAAAGGUAUGCAGCCCCUUCGGAUAGGCAACAUAUUUCUCAAAGCCAAGCAACGCCUAUGUUAGACUUUGCUAGAUUCUUAGCACGAAGGGAACUAGUCACCACAGGGCUGACCAAGUUUGAUGAUAAUGCAGAGAAUUUUAGAGCUUGGGAGUCUUCAUUUUUUAAUGCCACACAAGAUUUACAGCUCUCAGCCAGCGAAGAGUUGGAUUUGUUAGUUAAAUGGCUGGGGAAGGAAUCGUCAGAUCACGUGAAAAGAAUUCGAGCUGUUUAUGUCACUAAUCCACAAGCUGCCCUUCAGCUGUCUUGGAGGAGACUUCAGGAAUGUUAUGCUACUCCGGAAGUGAUAGAGAGUGCCUUAUUCAAGCGCCUGGAUAACUUUCCACGUCUAUCUCCAAAAGACAAUGUGAAACUCAGGGAACUUGCAGAUUUGCUCAUAGAAAUACUGAUUGCUAAAGGAGACGCAUAUUUGCCUGGACUGGCUUAUCUCGAUACCCCUCGUGGUAUAAAUCCCAUUGUAGAGAAGUUGCCGGCAAAUCUACAAGAAAAGUGGCUAUUCGCUGGUUCGCGAUUCAAAGAUGAAAACAGGGUCAGUUUCCCCCCAUUUUCGUUCUUCACCCGUUUUAUUUGCAGUGAAGCUAAAACCAGAAACGAUCCCAGUUUCAAGCUUCCGAGCAGUAGCCAUACUGUCAUCAGAGACGAAAGACCUCUGCACAAACAUGGUGUUAGCAGAAUUCCUGUGUCGGUGCAUAAGACAGAUGUGUCUGCAAAUGAAUCGGAUUCGGUGAACCAGAAAGAGACUGCUAAGAAAGAUGUGGCAAAGUUCUGCCCUAUUCACAACAAAUCACACCCCCUGGUAAAGUGCAGAGCAUUCGGGAAAAUGUUGUUAAUAGAACGCAAAGGCCUACUGAAAGAACACAAAAGGUGUUUCAGGUGUUGCUCACCAAAUCAUAUAGCCAGAGAAUGUCUCUCGAUCCUCAAAUGUACUGAAUGUGAUUCUGAUAGACAUUGCACAGUAAUGCAUCCAGACAAAGCCCCGCAGCUCCUCACACCUCCGGUGCAAGAACCAAACACUGUACAACAGGGCAUCACCACCCUAGAGGUAACUUCAAAGUGA